GUACACAGCCCUUCUCGAGAGUGUUAAAGACAUACAACAUAUUCUUAAACUUGACCUCUGCACUUGCAGCAGAUACAAGCAGGGAUGAAAACAACGAGAUAUAUCAGCCUGAAGAUAAUCCCCACUGGUCAACAAUCCUGCUAGAAACCCAAGAAUUCAGUACCCUGUACACUGAAGACUCUGACUCAGAAACAAUGUCAACUUCCCCUCCUGGGAAUGUUUCAGGUAUUGAUGAAGAAAGAUCAGCAGCAGAGGCCACAAACAUCACUGACAAUACUGAACCUGAAUAUCAUAACCCUGAAGACAAUACCGAUAGUAACUCUGGGCCACCCGUAGAUGCUAGUGACAUAGAUGACACAGACAGAGCACCUAGUAGUAAUAUGCAGCACCCGGACACCACAGGGAGUUUAGGGGAUGUUAACAUGCCUGACGAUAUUGACAUCGAAUCAUACGAUGUCUCUUACGAAACAAGCAACGAACCUGAUACCCAAAAUCCCAACAAGAAAGUGAUGACAAAUCCGAUGUACGAAGAACUGCCUGAUGACAAGAACUUACAGAAGCUUCAAUCCCAACCAAGCAUGAAGGAACUGCAGCAAAACGCGAUUUACGGAGGACAGACUCCUCUCAGCCAGUUGGCAGCAGAUGACUCCCCAAUAUAUCGCUAUUGCUACCUCAUCGCUUUUGUAGUUUUCCUGGUCAUGGUUGGACUGAUAACAUCUGGAAUCAUUGUGGGGAUGUACCACAACACUCAGGAUCAUGGUAACCCCACGGUCUCCCCAAUGCACAUGCAAGGAUCCAUUAACUGGAGUACUACCUUCAUAGUGAUAACAGGACCUGAUGAUACCAGCCCACCCAUCCUUGGGACCAACCAAACUAGCCUUGGAGACACUAAUGGUAUUAAAAUCCUCAUGCUGCAAGUUUCAGGCCACAACAGCAAGAACGGUACACUGGAAACGCUAUCCCGGCGUCUCAAAAGGCUUCACACGCUAGUCCUGGGACCUGGAAACAUUCGGACAGUCGUAAGCGGAGUGUUUGAGGGACAUUUUUUGAACAAUCUUAAAAAACUGUCGAUGAACAGAAACUGCAUCCACACUGUCGGGAACUGGUUUGUCUAUGCUUUGAAGCUGCGGAGGCUCCACCUGUCUUGGAAUGAAAUCAAGAAGGACGCCCUGCAGCCACUGAAAAACCUUUUCUACCUUGAGCUGGCACAUAACCAGCUUUCUGUGGUGAAGGAGUGGCACUUUGACAGCCUGACAGGACUCAAGUAUUUAAAACUGAGCUACAACAACAUCUCACACAUUGCCGGAAAGUCUUUUAAUAAUCUGACCAGGCUUGCAGAGAUAUAUCUGGACCAUAACAAGCUAGCACAUCUGGACGUUGCAUGGCUCCAAGGGAUGCCACGGGGGACGCAUGUCUACCUCCAAAACAAUUUGGUACAGACAAUCUCUGCCGAGUCACUCUGUACCAUGAUCGGAAAGUUUGUCUACAUAGAGAACAAUCCUUUCCGAUGCACUUGCGCUCUAGACAGUUUGAAAUCUAAAGGGCCUGGGGUAGUACAAGACUACCAGAGCUUACAGUGCAGCUAUCCACCCAGCCUUCUGGGUAGAAAGAUUGCAAAUGUGAUGAGGGAAAUGCUUUGUCCGUCACCUACAGUCAAGGUAUCACACCAGGACAAUGGAGCCACUCUCGUGUGUGAAGUUUUCUGGGAACAACAACCAGCAGAGAUCCAGUGGUUUGAUCCAGAUGGGAGGGAUAUAAGAGAGAAAGAGUGCCUUGGGACUGACGAUCUACCCUACCACACAGCCACCAACACUACAACACCUUCCAGAGGGCAGGAAGCAGUUUUUACAGAGAAGAUCAUCUUCCUCAACACCUUGGAGAAGAUCCCAGGGAAGCAGCAAGACGGCAUCGCUACGCUGAGCUACAUCAUCGGUGCUUGUCUGGCACUGUUUCUUCUGGGCGGGGCUAUGGCUGCUUGUCACAAGGGCUACAGGAGGCGACAAGAACGUCAGCGUGUACCAGGCAAUGCUGCGAAUGCUAGCGGAGACACGCCAUUGCAAAACAGCCAGCAACAAGAAAUCGGAAACCCAGCAACUCCACAGCCUGCUGACGAAAAGAUCCCGGAUGUAAACAACACAGAUCUAGACGUGUGUCCAUAUGCCACAACUGUGGACAUGGCAAACCCCAUGUAUAACAUAACCCCAACAGAGACAAAAGGACUAAGAUCAAUCCAGGACCCCCCUCCCCUACCCAACAGGCAAACCAUCAACAACCCCUCAUCACAACCACAAGGCAUGGAGAUGUCUCACACAGGAGAUAUACCAGCUUUACCUCCACGAACUCACAGGCAUAUCAACUACAACCCCUCAACACAGUCACAAGGCAUGGAGGCAGGAAAUAUACCAGCUUCCCCACCACCUAACACCAACAGGCACAGCAACUACAAUGCCUCAGCCUGUCCACAAAGCUCCGACAUAACUCAGAUGGGGAAGAUCCAAGAUCUACCUCCACGAUCCAACAGGACGAUCCCUUACGGUGCCUCGUCAAAACAGAGCUCAGAAAUCCCGCCGGUACACGAGAUCCAGGAUCCAACACCGCGAUCCAAAAGGCACAUCAACUCCACCGGUGCCUCCUCACAGGCACAAGGUCUGCAGAUACAGUCAGGGGAGGAGAUACCAGAUCUGCCUCCGAGAUCCAACAAAUACGUCAACUCCAGCGUGCCUUCUCAACAAUAA